GCCUGUUGAUCUUGGCUGAUAUGUACCAAGUUCCUCGUCUCAAAGAGCUCGCUACACAUGCUAUGCACCAGAAUCUCACAAUUACUACUGCAAGGCUUAUUUAUGAGACUGCUGCUUUGACUUACCAAAUUUCACUUCAGGUCCGAGCAUUACGGGUAAUGCUGAGUUCAAGAAAAGUACUUCAUGAAGCGGUCAAUCAGCCGGGUGGUUUGACAGGACUUGAUACAGCAGAGUCUAGUUUUCUACCUUCACCUUCAAAUGGGUCCAUGUCUCCUGGAUUCUCAUCACUUGUUAGUCGACCUUCACAUGAUGAUACCUAUUUCUCCAGAUCGUUUAGUAUGGAUUCUUCAUCGGACGAAACGGCGCCCAUUUCACCAUCAGCUUCUAGUCCUACUUCAACUCCAUUCUUUGGUAUCCGACGAGCAAUGCAGCCUGUCAUGAUUCCAGCACGGUCCAUGUCUACAGAUCCUUCCGAUUUUGGCCCUAUGUCUUAUUUGUACUCACCUCGGCGGAUGGCCAAAUCCGCCUCAAGGUCAAAUACCCAGCCUUCAAGUCCCACAAUGAGACCAGUUCCAGCCACUUUGCGAUAAACCAAAAACAAAAAGUGUUCAAAAAAGCAUCCUCCUUAACUUACCCUUCCAUUCAUUUCUUCUUGUGUAUAACUUUAUCUCUGUCUUAUAUAUUUACUGUGUCUAAAAAAAUAUUCAUUAAUUUAGUAACAAAAACAACAACAACAAAAAUACUCCUCUUUAUACUUGC